AGAGAGAAUCAAAAGUGCUAAAAAAAAAAAAAGAAGCUAAAAAACGCAGGAAGGAGGAGGAAGAGAAGAUACCAUCUCCACCUUCAGAAAGCAAUAGAGAGAGAGAGAGAGAGGGGCCACGACGCGUUGAUUCUUCUUCUUCGUCUUCGUCUUCCUCUUCUCCGUGCCUCGCAGAUCCGCGAUCCGAUCCUCGUCUAAGAUUACAUUUCUCUACUUGAUCAAUUCAAGUUUUGCAACGGACUUUUGGUAGAGGGUGUUUAACGCAUUAUUGUUUGUUCCUGGAGAUGAAGAAAGUCUUCGGUCAAACUGUCAGAGACCUCAAGAGAGAGGUCAACAAGAAAGUGCUUAAGGUGCCUGGAAUAGAACAGAAGGUUCUAGAUGCUACUAGCAAUGAGCCGUGGGGUCCUCAUGGAUCACUUCUUGCUGAUCUUGCGCAAGCUUCAAGAAACUACCAUGAAUACCAGCUGAUCAUGGGGGUCAUAUGGAAACGACUUAGCGACACUGGAAAGAACUGGCGGCACGUCUAUAAGGCUUUGACAGUUUUGGAGUACAUGGUAGGCCAUGGUUCAGAACGUGUUAUAGACGAGAUUAGAGAGCGUGCAUAUCAAAUCUCGACACUGUCCAAUUUUCAGUAUAUUGAUUCCGGUGGUAGAGACCAAGGAAGCAAUGUUAGGAAGAAAUCACAGAGCCUGGUGGCGUUGGUUAAUGACAAAGAAAGAAUCGCUGAGGUCAGAGAGAAGGCUGCUGCUAACAGAGAUAAGUAUCGCAGUUCAGCGCCAGGUGGGAUGUAUAAGCCUUCAGGAGGAUAUGGGGACAGAUACGAUUACGGAUCCCGGGAUGACGAGCGAAGUAGUUAUGGGAGAGAAAGAGAAUAUGGGUAUAGGGAUGAUGAUAGAAACAGUCGUGAUGGAGAUCGUCAUUCCAGAGACUCUGAAGACCGGUAUGGGAGAGAUGGUAAUAGGGAAGAUGAUUACAGGGGAAGGAGCAGAAGUGUUGAUAACUUCCCACAUGGAUCACGGGGUAGGAGUUCAGAUAGGGAACGGACGUUUGAGGAUGAUGGCCAUUCUUCAUCACGGGCUAGUAAUGCUCGAGCUGAUGACAAUUCUCAGGAUGGGAGAGGGUCGCUCCAGAGAAAGUUUUCAGAGCAAAAUAUUGGUGCUCCACCUAGUUAUGAAGAAGCUGUCAGUGAAUCACGGAGCCCUGUAUAUAGUGAAAGGGAUGGUGGAGAAACCCCACAAGUUGCUGCUCCAGGAGCUGCUUCUCCUCUUGCACCACAAGCUGCUUCUCCUCCUGCCCCACAAGCUACUGCUUCUCCUCCGCCCCCACAAGUUGCUGCCCCAGGGGCUGCUUCUCCUCCUGCUGGAAGCAACACAGACAAUAACUCUGCUGGUUUUGUUACUGAAUCUUCUCCGCAGAAAUUUGAGGCAUUUGAUGAAUUUGAUCCACGCGGUGGGUUUACAGCUGCCCCUCCAGCAUAUGCAUCUGCAGACGGUGUUUCAGCUCCUCCGACAGUGGCUUCUACAGCUGCUCCUCCCACCUCAAACAGUGUCGAGAUGGACUUACUCGACUCCCUUGCAGACGUAUUUUCAUCAAAUGCAUUGGCCAUUGUACCUGCUGAUUCUGCAUCUGUUGAAACCAACGAACAAUCAAAUGCUCCAUCGUUUUCUACAUCUCAGCCAUCAUCUCAGCCCUUCGAUGACCCAUUUGGUGAGUCUCCUUUCAAAGCCUUCACUUCUACGGACACCGACUCAAACCCGCAGCAAAGCUUUGGCGCUCCUUUCCAGCCAACACCACCAGCCUUCACUUCGGAGGCUUCACAUACGAAUACUGCUGCUCAUAACUUUGGCUUUGAGGAUUCAUUUUCUGCUGUUGCCAAUCCCGAAACUGCUGCUCAGAAUGUGCAAUCUCCAUCAAACUCACCAGGUUUUCCUCAAGAGCAAUUUACAAGUGAUAUUGAUAUUCUUGCCGGCAUUCUCCCACCAUCUGGUCCUCCAGCUUCACUCCCACAACAGUCGGGUGCCUCAGUACCAACAUCUCAGUUUCCUCCCAGUGGAAACAACAUGUACGAGGGAUAUCAUCCUCAGCCUGUAACGACAGCUCCAAACAUGCCUGGACAAACUCCAUUUGGACACGCUGUACAACCAUAUAACAUGGUUCCUCCUCAUUCACAAAAUAUGACUGGAGCCACUCCGUAUCACAGUGGAGGCUUCAUGCACCAGCCUGGCUCAGCCAGUUACAAUCCUGGAGCAGUAACUUCACACCCUACAAGCGAAAGCUUCCUUCCGCGACCAGUUGCUGCCACUUCAUCGAUCUCACAGACUCCUUACUCUAAUCCCAAUGGACCAGCUGGUCAGUUCGUGGCACACCAAGGUCAUGGAAUGCCGCCUUCCCAUGGUCCACAAAGAACUCAAUCCGGACCUGUUACUAUGCAAGGGAACAACAAUUUCAUGGGAGACAUGUAUUCACAACCUGGGCGAACAAACUCCUUGUCGUCAUCUUCAUCUCAGCCAGAUCUCACACCUUUAACAGGAGCGAUUGAGAUUGUUCCUCAGCCUCAGAAAAAGUUUGAGCCAAAGUCAUCAGUCUGGGCAGACACGUUGAGCAGAGGGCUUGUUAACUUCAACAUAUCUGGACCUAAAACAAAUCCAUUGGCAGACAUAGGAGUUGACUUCGAGGCAAUCAACAGGAGGGAGAAGCGGCUAGAGAAACCGACGAACGCACCAGCAGCAACAUCGACUAUCAACAUGGGUAAAGCAAUGGGAUCAGGCACUGGUUUAGGGCGCGCGGGUGCAACUGCUAUGAGACCUCCGCCGAAUCCAAUGGUAGGCGCUGGCAUGCCAAUGGGCGGCGGAGGAAUGGGCGUUGGUGGAUAUGGAGGUAUGAACCAGAACCAAAACCAACAACCCAUGGGUAUGGGUAUGGGUAUGGGAAUGGGACCAGGCAUGAACAUGAACAUGGGAGGAGGAUAUGGGCAAGGCUAUCCGAUGCAACCACAAAACCCAGGGAUGGCCCAUGGUCAGAACAUGCCAGGCAACAACAACAACUAUAAUCCGAUGAUGGGUCAAGGCGGUUACAAUCCUCAACAACAACAAUAUGGUGGUGGGUACCGGUAAGACCAAAAAAGCCAAACAUAACCGCACUAGACUCCACUUGUAAGAUCAGGAACGGAACACUCUUAUUUCCUUACAUGAGAUAUUAGUUGGAUUGGCCAGCCGCUUCACGGAAGUACUCCAGGUUACUCGGAUUGUUCUACAAUGUUCUUUUGCUUGAUCUUCACUCAUCAUUCUUUUUCUCCUUUUUCUUUAGUAUGAACGUAAUUCGAGAGGGCUUUGUUGUGAAACUUGUACCGGUGAGAUAGUGGCAAACCUCCCUCGGGUCUGCCCUUUUUGUUAUUUGCAUAUAAAAUUCUUAUUACAUUUUUUUUUGCUUUUCACGUAUUGAAUAUUGUAAUCCAUGCACGGGACAAAUAAAAUAUUUUCUCUGUUUU